AUGCCGUCUGUCCGUCUGAAGUCUGAAGGCGCCGAACUCAAAGUGCAGAAAUGUCAUCGAGCGGAGUGGAAACGGCAGCGCAGAGUCCGCUGCUCUCCUCCAGGUCUGUACCAGAACCAGAACCAGAACCAGAACCGAGUCCAGCGAGAGCCGCGCACAGACACGUUUCAGCCGGACUCGGGCUGGUCGGCGGCCGUGUGGAACGGCCUCCCCGAACCGCUGCUGGCCGCCGCCAACGCCGCCGGAUGCUCCGCCCCCGAGCCGUGGCUCCUCCCCGGCUGCAGCUCCGUCUACGACAGCCUGGUCAGCAACGUGUCUCCAAUCCCGUCUCCUCCUGCUGCCGGCGGCCUGAGAGGACGAGAACGAGCUGCUGGCAGCAAACCUCGCAGGCCGUCCAUUCUGGAGCGUUGCAUCCUCAAAGUGUCGACCAGCAGUGUGGCGGUGGGGACGGACGAUGUGGACAACAAGAGGACCCCUUUUGGCCGCUGCUACCCCCGCCUGCCAGACCCGACCAACACCGAGACCAACACUGCGGUUCUGAAGCGACGUCAGAAACAGAUCCAGUACGGCAAAAACACCAGUGGCUACCAGAACUACCUGCAGCAAGUCCCCAAGCACCUGAGGGAUCCUAAGCUCCAUCCGUCCACCCCCAACAAAUACAGGAAGUACAGCCGGCGCUCCUGGGAUAUGCAGGUGCGCCUGUGGAGGCGAGCACUGCACCUGUGGGACCCCCCAGUCAAUUCACCGCCAGACGCCAUGGACACCCAGGACCCAGUGGAGCAACUGCAGAGCCAGCUGGCGAAGAUGACCUCUGAUCUUUGUGAGGACGGAGGAGACGAGCAGAGAGAGAAGGAGACUCUAGCAGCCUCUAAAGCCUCCUCCGUGUCUCCUCUGUCGUUCGCAACGUCCAUUGAGCCGCCUGGAGCCUGGACCGUCCCGCAGUCACCGACGAGCCGCCGCCGCCGUCUUCGCUCUCCUCCUGGCUUCAGCUACUCCCUCAGGAAUCAGCUGACCGCCGACGACAGCAUGGCCGACUGGCUGCCCCCCCGGCUGCUGGACGCCGACCACGCCCCAGAGUUCGGCUCUGACGACCAGCAGGUUCCGGUGUUUUCCGACCAGCUCCUGUGGAACCCAUACUGA